AUGUCAGUAGUACCGUAUUUUUUUGCUGCAGUCGGUUCUAGCACUUUACGUAUUGUUGAAAUGUUUUUUUCAAUUUCUAAAGAUGCGGAACGUUACUUAAAUCAUGAAAUUGAUUUCAAAGAAGCUACAGAUGGUAUUGUUAAAUAUAUACGGGUUUAUGUGCCAUUAACAACUGCUAAACUUAUUUGUGAUACUGUCGUUCUAAGCAUGAUGAGUCAAUGGAUUUAUGAUGUACUUAUUCAUGUAAGAUGGAUAUUUAAAGGUCUUAUUAAUUAUGGAUUUGAAGCUUUUAAAAAUGCAAUAAAAUCAUCAUUAAAAUACAUAUUUACAUCACUUCAGACUUGUUCAAUUAGUCUUAUUUCAAGUCAAUUUAAACAUAUCUAUAAUAAACGUGAAAAAGUUUUGUCAUCUAUAUCUAUGACUGAUUUUUGUACGAUUUGUAAUCAUAUUUAUCUUUUGAUUAUUAGUCAAAGAAGUGGUUUUAAAAAAACUAUUCAAUUAGAACUUAUGAAAUAUUGGUUAGAAUGUAUGGGUAUCAUACGUGUAGUAGCUGAAUCAAAUAAUAUUAAUUUUGUUAAAUAUAUGAAUAAAUGUUAUUCAAAUGAAAUUUAUAUCAAUAACACAUCUUCAUCAAAUGAUGAACAAUCUUUUGAAUGGAGACGUGUAAAAGAUCCAGAUUUUAUUCAAAUCAUUACUGUUUCAUUAGAAGAUAUAUAUCAUGGAAAAGUAUGUGAUGUAAUUGUUAAACGAGAAAUUCGUGACAUAAAUAAACGAAUACCAGAAAUUGAAGAAGUAAAAUAUGAAGUUAUUAUUGAACCUGGUUGUGCCGAUGGAAAAACAUUUCGUUUUAUCGAAGCUGGUCAUAGAGAUCCAGUAAAUAUACCAGCAGAUUUAGUUGUAGAAAUUCGAACAGAACAACAUCAAUUAUAUGAACGAUCAGGUUCUGAUCUUAUUUACACAGCAAAAAUUUCUUUACAACAUGCAUUAGAUUGUCUGCCAGUGCAAAUACCAUUGAUUGAUGGAAGAAUGAAAGAGUUUUAUCCAAGUCAUAUUAUUAAUCCAAAUACAAAAGCUAUUAUUGAUGAUGCUGGUCUUCCUGAUCCAACAAAUAAUGGAAUUCGUGGUCAACUUAUUGUUAAAUUUGAUAUUGAAUUUCCUGAUUAUAAAUUAGGAAGAGAACCUGACGAAUGCUAG